AAGAACAAACCUCAAAUUUCGUUUUUUUUCCUUCUGCAUUUUCUAGUUUAGGAUCGACAUUUUUAUCUAAGACCCUUUUCUUUUGCCUCAGAAAGGAUUCGUCUUUUUCUGUAGAUUACGAUUGUUUUGUAGAAUUAGCGAUAAAAAAGAUGAGUUUUAGGGAUGAUACGGAAGAGGGAAGAAAUGAUCUUCGGCGACCGUUCUUACACACCGGAAGUUGGUAUCGGAUGGGUUCGAGACAAUCUAGUAUGUUGGAAUCGUCUCAAGUUAUUCGAGACAGCUCAAUUUCUGUCUUAGCUUGUGUUUUGAUUGUUGCUCUUGGUCCUAUUCAAUUCGGAUUCACUUGUGGUUAUUCCUCACCAACUCAAGCUGCCAUUACUAAGGAUCUUGGUUUAACUGUAUCAGAGUACUCUGUCUUUGGGUCUCUAUCCAAUGUGGGUGCUAUGGUUGGAGCAAUUGCAAGUGGUCAGAUUGCUGAAUACAUUGGACGGAAAGGGUCUCUGAUGAUUGCUGCAAUUCCCAAUAUUAUUGGAUGGCUUUCGAUAUCAUUUGCAAAAGAUACUUCUUUUCUUUACAUGGGAAGAUUGUUAGAAGGUUUCGGCGUUGGGAUAAUCUCUUAUACGGUGCCCGUGUAUAUAGCUGAGAUCGCUCCACAGCACAUGAGAGGAGCCUUAGGUUCAGUUAACCAGCUUUCUGUAACAAUUGGGAUAAUGCUGGCGUAUUUACUCGGUCUCUUUGUUCCAUGGAGAAUUCUUGCAGUUUUGGGAGUAUUGCCAUGUACAUUGUUGAUACCGGGUCUGUUUUUCAUUCCUGAAUCUCCUCGGUGGUUGGCAAAGAUGGGGUUGACAGAUGAUUUCGAAACUUCAUUGCAAGUUCUUCGUGGAUUUGAUACUGAUAUCACCGUUGAGGUUAAUGAAAUCAAGAGAUCUGUGGCAUCAUCUGGCAAACGUUCUGCAAUUCGGUUUGUAGACCUCAAGCGCAGGAGAUACUAUUUCCCACUGAUGGUUGGUAUAGGGCUGCUUGUACUUCAACAACUUGGAGGAAUUAAUGGUGUCUUGUUCUAUUCGAGUACAAUUUUUGAAUCUGCAGGGGUGACAUCAAGUAAUGUGGCGACAUUUGGAGUUGGCGUUGUUCAGGUAGUGGCGACUGCAGUAGCGACAUGGUUGGUGGAUAAAUCAGGUCGUCGACUUCUGCUCAUGAUCUCUUCCAUCGGAAUGACGAUAAGCCUCGUGAUUGUAGCAGUUGCAUUUUACGUUAAGGAAUUUGUAUCACCUGACUCCAACAUGUACAACAUUCUAAGCAUGGUUUCCGUAGUUGGAGUUGUGGCUAUGGUUAUUUCUUGCUCUCUAGGAAUGGGACCAAUUCCAUGGCUGAUUAUGUCUGAGAUUCUGCCAGUGAAUAUAAAGGGUUUAGCCGGAAGUAUAGCAACUUUGCUAAACUGGUUCGUGUCAUGGUUAGUGACAAUGACUGCAAAUAUGCUCUUAGCUUGGAGCAGUGGAGGAACUUUCACACUCUACGCUUUGGUUUGUGGAUUCACUGUGGUCUUUGUGAGUCUUUGGGUUCCUGAGACUAAAGGCAAAACGCUUGAAGAGAUUCAAGCUUUGUUCAGAUGAUCAAAACAAGAAGAAGAAGAAGAAGACAAAUACUCAACUUUUUCACUUUUGCUUUCUCCAUUACAGAUCAUUCUUUUGGUCCCUUCUCUGUGUCUGUAUUUCUUGCUUUGUCCAAUGUCUUUCUUUUUGACAUUGAUUAUAAUUUGUUUAUCUUGUACAAGCAUAUCAUUUUUUACCU